GUUAAUGCUCCCAGAAAUAUUGCCAUCUUUCUCUCUUCUCGAUUCUUGGACGCCUAUCAGCAAUCAAUAACGAAAUGCAGCAAUAUAUAAAAUGGCAGUCUGCUUGUGUAUUGGCAGAUUCUUUUGAUAUCAGUGACAGCAAAGGAGGGAAAAUUCAAUAGUUACACAGAGAUUUGUUAAUCUAGUGUCAGGAAUCGGUAUUAGCUUGCAAAAGGUAACAAAGGGCAGCUUCAGGUUUGUGAACCUCUCGGGGAACCGGCGACUGGUUCAACAGCUUGAAAUACAAGAGAUGGAGACUUUUCACCUUAACACAUCCAAUUCUACUAAGAACAAUGAAACAAUUUCUCCCGAAAAUUAUUCAGAAGACCUUGCUAAAGUAGAAAUCAUUCUGCAAGCCAUUAUACUUUAUAUGGCAAUUUUUGGAAAUGCAGCCGUCCUAAUCGUUUUUCGUGUGAAAUUAAAAAGACUAAGCAGAAUGCAGUGGUUUAUCGUACAUUUGUGCUUUGCAGACAUUUUUGUUGCAUUCUUUAACGUUCUCCCACAAUUAAUAUGGGACAUCACAUUCCGUUUCCAGGGAAACAAUUUUCUUUGCAAAAUGGUGAAAUAUUUCCAAUUGGUUGCCAUGUAUGCGUCUUCAUACGUGUUAGUUGUGACUGCAUUAGAUAGAUACAUUAGCAUUUGUCACCCGCUGACCAGCCACACUUGGUCAAAGCGACGGAGGGCGAAUAUCAUGGUCUUCGUAGCUUGGCUUCUUGCAUUAUUUUUUUCUAUUCCACAGCUGAUUUUGUUCGCUUAUAUAGAAACUUCCCCCGGAAGUGGCGAGUACGACUGCUGGGAAACUAUGAGUACUGGAGAACCCUGGGAAAUAAAGGCAUAUAUGACAUGGAUUUUUUUGUCUAUUUACUUCAUACCAUUUCUCAUUCUUACAUUUGCUUACUCACGGAUUUGUUACGUCGUCUUUAUCAGUGUAUCCUCCAAAGAACAAGUUCGGGUUUCUUUCAAUACAAAAUCAAAUGGCUUCAACAAAAGAAGUGAUUUACUGACAAAUCCUCGAGCACAUACCCGCUGUGCCUCAAAAUCCAAGAAGAAGACUAUAUACUUGACACUUACGGUAGUAUUGUGCUACUUAAUAUGUUGGGGACCUUUCUUCAUUGCUCAAAUGUGGGCCGCCUAUGACAUAACUGCACCAUUUACAAGUGCAUCUUUUGUGAUCAUUCUUCUGCUUGCUAGUCUUAAUAGCUGUACAAAUCCUUGGAUUUACCUGGCAUUCAGCGGCAUGGCGACAUGUUGUAAAAAAGGGCGCCCCAAAUCACCUUACCCUCAGUAUUCUCAAGCAGGAACCAACCAAACUUUUGUAGAGUCCGAUUCCUGCAGUACCAGAGGAUCUAAAAACUUUGAAACUAAACAGAUGAUUCCGAUCCCGAUGGCUGAAAAAUCCUCAUGAAAUACCCUUUAUCAAUGACUGUUUCAAGCGUUCAAACACAACCAGAAUUUUAUUCAUCAUUUUUAAAAUACAUAUUAUGGAGCAUAUUAUAAAGCAGAUAUUUCUUGUAUAUUACAAUAUGUUUUCGUAAAUUGUUUUAAUAAAUAUACGAAAUUUGG